CCGGCUGGCACGUGACUCAGUGUGUGGGCGCCGGGGUCUAGGAAGCCGUGAGGCCGGAGCUUAGGUCGGGGAGGGAUGGAGCGCUGAGCCGUUAACGUCUGCCAGGCUGUCUGCCUCCGUUCCUGUACCUACCUGCUGCCGCUUCCUCGGUUGACACGUUCCUGGAGUCUCUUGAUUUCAGAAGAAAUACCUGGUAACAAACAUGACCGAGUUCUGGCUUAUUUCGGCUCCUGGGGAGAAAACCUGUCAGCAAACGUGGGAGAAACUGCAUGCAGCAACUACAAAGAACAACAAUCUUGCUGUCACUUCCAAGUUUAACAUUCCUGACUUAAAGGUUGGCACACUGGAUGUCUUGGUUGGCUUGUCAGAUGAAUUGGCUAAACUGGAUGCAUUUGUAGAAGGAGUGGUAAAGAAAGUGGCUCAAUACAUGGCUGAUGUAUUAGAGGACAGUAAAGAUAAAGUGCAGGAGAAUCUGUUGGCCAAUGGAGUUGACUUGGUUACUUAUAUAACAAGGUUCCAAUGGGAUAUGGCCAAAUACCCAAUCAAGCAGUCCCUGAAAAAUAUUUCUGAAAUAAUUGCCAAGGGAGUAACUCAAAUUGAUAAUGACCUGAAAUCUCGAGCAUCUGCGUACAAUAACCUGAAAGGGAAUCUUCAGAAUUUGGAGCGAAAGAAUGCAGGGAGCCUGCUAACUAGGAGUCUGGCGGAAAUUGUGAAGAAGGAUGACUUUGUUCUUGAUUCCGAGUAUCUCGUCACAUUGCUGGUGGUGGUUCCCAAGUUAAACCAUAAUGACUGGAUUAAGCAGUAUGAAACACUAGCUGAAAUGGUAGUUCCAAGGUCUAGCAACGUUCUGUCGGAGGACCAGGACAGCUACCUGUGUAACGUCACCUUGUUCAGGAAGGCGGUUGACGACUUCAGGCACAAAGCCAGAGAAAACAAAUUCAUUGUUCGAGACUUCCAGUAUAACGAAGAGGAGAUGAAAGCAGAUAAAGAAGAAAUGAACCGGCUUUCUACUGACAAGAAAAAGCAAUUUGGACCCCUUGUGCGGUGGCUGAAAGUGAAUUUCAGUGAGGCAUUUAUUGCAUGGAUUCACGUGAAAGCGUUGAGAGUUUUUGUGGAGUCUGUUUUAAGGUAUGGCUUGCCAGUGAAUUUCCAAGCAAUGCUCCUGCAGCCCAAUAAAAAGACAAUGAAGAAGCUGAGAGAAGUGUUGCACGAGUUGUAUAAACAUCUGGACAGCAGUGCAGCGGCUAUUAUUGAUGCUCCUAUGGAUAUCCCAGGCUUAAACCUGAGCCAACAAGAAUACUACCCUUAUGUGUACUACAAGAUUGAUUGCAACUUGCUGGAAUUCAAGUAGAAACGAGCUCCUCCCCAGACAGCCCUGUCCUGUGUCGGUGACGCUGACAGCCCCAGGUUGUUACGAUAGUGCUUUCGGGUCUGUUGCCCUUUGCUCGCUUCUUCUCCCUGUGCCUGGUGAAUCCACAGUGGUCCAUAUCUCGAGAUUUUCUUUAUAAAGGAAAAAUAUAUAUAUAUUGUUUCUUUUUAUUGAUCAGGUCUGUAAAUGUGUACUAAAAAAUCAGAGUUUAUUUAUAAACAGAAUAUUUUAUUUAAAGAGAAGGUCUUUUCCUCAUUGCUAUCAUGGUAUGCAUUAAUUCCAUUUGUUACUGUUGUGCACAGAAGCCUUGUUUACCAGGGAAUGGUGUAAACAUCGAUGCCGUUUUGCUCACUGUAUGUAGUAAGCAUAACUGUUUAAUAGUCAAUUGUGAUGUAAAACAAUGUGACAAUAUUCAGGUCUGUGUUUUCUGAAUGUUUCAAAUUACAAUCUAUCGGAACUGUCGACACCACAGGAGAGAAUAAAAUGACCUGUGCAAAGGUG